AUGGGAUGCUCUACAUCAAAGCUAGAUGAUGUGGAAGCAGUUCAACUUUGUAAAGAUCGAAAGAGAUUUAUUAAACAGGCUCUUGAGCAAAGAACACGAUUUGCCUCUGGACACAUUGCCUAUAUCCAGUCCCUAAAAAGAGUUUCAGCUGCUCUUCGUGAUUAUGUCGAAGGAGAUGAGCCUCGUGAGUUCUUGUUAGAGUCAUUCAUAACCCCACCUUUCACACCCAUUAAGAAAACAAGUCCUGGUUUUAUCUCAAUUUCACCAAAAUCCUUCACACCUACACAAAUCCAAUCUGAACCCCAUUCAUCUGUGAAAAUAUGUUAUCUAAGAUCAGGAGGGAACCCAGCAGUUUCAGUUGAAGAGAGGCCUCAAUCACCAGAAACAGCCAGAGUUGAAACUUACUCUCCAAUCCACCAUUUUGGGAUGGAUGGGUUCUUUGGAAUGCAAUCUUCACCAAUGAAUUCUUCGUUCUUCUCUUAUUCCCCUAACAAUAGACCCAACAUCCCUCCACCUUCACCUCAAAAUUCUCAAUGGGAUUUCUUUUGGAACCCAUUUUCAUCAUUAGAUUACUACGGUUAUCCCACUCGAAGUGGUCUUGAUCAGACAGUUAUGGAUGAUGAGAUUAGAGGUCUAAGGCAGGUCAGAGAAGAAGAAGGGAUCCCUGACUUGGAAGAAGUUGAGACUGAACAGGAGGAAUGUGAUAACGAGGCAAAUGUAGCACAAGAAAAGGAUAAAGUUGAUCUAAACUGCAACAGAGAAGAAGUUAUUAUUGAAGAUGUUAAUGAGGAAGAGGAGGAAGAGGAGGAGGAAAUGGAUAGCGGAACUGAAAUUGAGCAUGAUGCAAAAAUGCCAUCGCAUAGUAGUGUGAGUAUAGAGGUGUCAAGAUCUCAGAAUACAAGACAAGUUGAAACUAGUAACCAAGCAACCGCUGUUGGUCACAGGGAAGCUAAGGAGGAAACGCCAGGCUUUACUGUUUAUGUAGACCAAAGGCCAACAAGUAUGGCAGAAGUUAUCAAGGUUUUAGAAACUCAGUUCAUGAUUGUUUGCAAUGCAGCCAAUGAGGUCUCAGCAUUGUUAGAGGCCGGUAGAGCAGAGUACUCGUCAACCUCCAACGAACUCACAGGCCAGCAUUUUACUUCACCCACACUGUUAUUUGUUCUUGUUAUGCCCUUGGCAUUUGUGCAUAGUUUCCAUCAGAUGGCUGUUUUAGGGCGUUGCCAUGAAAAUGUUGAACCCAGUAGCUUUAUUUCGCACAGCUUCUUCUCGCUCAGCCUCUUCCAGAUAUUUACUGAAUCUUCGUGCUCUAAAGAUGAAGGCUAUGAAAGCAGUAGUGACAUCUCAGAGGCCGCCCUGCAUGUUUUAGGUGUCCCACUCACCAUGGCUAGCUUCUUGCUUGGGGAAGAAACUCUUAGAGGCAGUCGGUUACUUCGCAACUCUCCCACAUACUUUUUACGUAUUGCACACUCGACCUGCUUGUGUCCAACCAAAAUACUGGUAGACACUCUGUCCAAUGGACUUCACUCAUCUAGUUUGUAUGUCUGUUACAUUCUGCUCUAA